UCGCCAAGGUGCAGUCCAGGAUGCAGAUGGCAAAGGAGAUCAGUGAUGAGGAGAAAUUGUACAGAUACAACGGGGUGUUGUACCCGCGCAUCAUGUGCCCCGAGGACCAUUUGAAGGCUCUGGAGGACAUCGAGGCCAGAGAGGAUGACAUCAUGUUGGUGGCUUAUCCCAAAUGUGGUUUUAACUGGAUGGUGGGGGCGGUGAGGAAGAUCAUAGCAGAGGCCACGGGGAUGAAAACCGAAUCCCGGAUGCCGCCGCUGAUCGAGUUCUUUGGACCAGACGUCUUGAAGGUCGUGGAUCAGACUCCCUCUCCGAGGUUUCUGGGGACUCAUCUGCACCCCGACAACAUCCCCACGUCUUUCUAUGCAAAGAAAACUAAGAUGCUUGUGAUCUUCAGGAAUCCUAAAGACACUCUGGUUUCUUUCUAUCAUUUCUCCAACAACAACCCGGUCCUCCCGUCCGGACAGUCCUGGGAAUCCUUCUACUCUCACUUCCUGAGCGGAGAUGUUCCUUGGGGGUCAUACUUUGACCACGCUUUGGCCUGGGAGAAGAGGAUGGAUGACCCCAAUGUCCUGAUUGUCACCUACGAGGAGCUAAAACAGGACCUGAGCGAGGGCAUCCGUCGGAUCUCCGGCUUUUUUGGUUUCAGCCUGACGGAGGCUCAGGUCCAGCAGGUCGCCGAGGAGAGCACCUUCGCCGCCAUGAAGGAGAGCUCCGCCAACUCCCACGGCACUAUGGGAAAUGUCAUCUUCAGAAAAGGUGAGGUCGGGGACUGGAGGAACCAUUUCACACCUGAACAGAGCCAAGAGAUGGACGAGGCCUUCAACAAACACCUGGCCGGAACCAGGCUGGGAGCCAAACUCAACUACCACCUGCACUGUCAGUAGGAGGCAAGGAA